GGCGACAGCACCAGACCGAAGCGCUCAGUUCAUCUCCAGACCACAAACCCUGCACAUGGUCCCUUAAAGUGCAGAGAGUGACCUGUUCCCUCCAUUGGCUGCCCCACUAACUGAUAGGGCAGGAUGGCGCGGGAUAUGUCCGAUAAGGACAUCCUAAAAAUGGAGCUGGAACAACUUCAGAAGGAGGUUAAGAACACUAGAGAGCCUGUCUCUAAAACUGCAAAGGAGAUUUGUGAAUGGGUUGAGGCCCAAGCCGCAGAAGAUCCCCUCGUAAAAGGCGUUCCUGAGGACAAAAACCCCUUCAAGGAUAAGGGUGGAUGCAUAAUAACUUAGCCUAUGUGAAUUCUUGUAGCAAAAGUAUACGAGGAUGCAUUCAUUUGUGCUAAUGAGAGCUGUUUAUCUGUUAUCUGAACUUAAAUGAGGAGUAAGCACAUUGUGCUUAGCUUUAGCAUCUCUACUAGACGCCAUACAGACUGCAAGACUUACAGAGUAAAAAAG